UCAAAAUGGCAAUGGACGGAAUGAUGUCCACGUCCUCGGGUCUGUCUUAUCACAAUGCUGGGGACUUUUACCCCCGAAAGUUCGGCCCUAAGCCGGACGUGGUGCCGUCCGGGGUGACCGAGAGAAAGGUGGGCCCGCUGGAUAAACCUGAUAUGGUGUCGGUGGACGUGAUUAACAUCAAGGAUUCAGACGUCCCCAUGCACAGGAAGAAGCACGAGCACGACACAUAUGUCUUGGGCACCAUCCAUCCAUUCAGGAAGACACACAGAUCCGUUCUGGGGAAACUCCUGCAAGAAUUCAGACUGGUUGCUUCAGAUAGACGAUCCUGGAGGAUCCUGUUGUUCGGAUCACUCAACCUGCUGUGUACCGGCUGUCUGCUGAUGUGGUGCAGCUCCACCAACAGCAUGGCCCUGACUGCCUACACAUACCUGACCAUCUUCGACCUCUUCAGUUUGAUCACCUGUCUCAUCAGCUCCUGGGUGACCAUGAAGAAGCCCAGUCAGGUCUACUCCUUUGGGUUUGAAAGACUGGAGGUCUUGGCAGUUUUUGCCUCCACUGUUCUCGUCCAAUUGGGAGCUUUGUUCAUCCUGAAGGAAAGUGUGGAGCGCUUCAUGGAGCAGCCUGAGGUCCAUACAGGUCGUCUGUUGGUCGGGACGUUCGUCGCUCUGUUCUUCAACCUGUUGACUUUGCUGUCUGUCAGGAACAAACCGUUUGCCUACGUCUCAGAAGGUACAGUCACCUCCCUCCCACUCAGACCAGUUCCUCGCAGUGGUUGUUCUUACUGGGAGUGUUUGUUAGUGACUGAUCUGAGCCGCAGUUUGUGCGGCAUCGUUCCAGGUCUCAGCAGUGUGCUGCUGCCUCGUAUGAACCCAUUUGUCCUGAUCAACAUGGCAGGAGCUCUGUCCCUCUGCAUCACCUACAUGCUCAUAGAAAUCAAUAACUAUAAUGCGGUGGACACAGCGUCAGCAGUCGCCAUUGCUCUCAUGACCUUCGGCACCAUGUAUCCCAUGAGCGUCUACAGUGGCAAAGUGCUGCUGCAGACGACGCCCUCGCACAUCAUCGGCCAGCUGGACAAACUGCUGAGAGAGGUGUCGACUCUGGACGGAGUGCUAGAGGUUCGCAACGAGCACUUCUGGACUGUUGGCUUCGGGUCUCUGGCCGGCUCCGUUCACGUUCGUAUCCGUCGUGAUGCCAACGAGCAGCUGGUUCUGGCUCACGUCACCAACCGGCUGCUGCCGCUCGUCUCCACGCUGACCGUCCAGAUCUUCAAGGACGACUGGACCAGACCUCUCCUCACCGGGGCCCUGUCCUCCUCCUCCCCCUCUGUUCCCCCUCUAGGCCUGGCUGAAGGCUACGCCCCCCUGUCCUCCUCCUCUCUGCCUCCUCUCCUGUCCUCAGGAGGAGAGCUGGACCCGCUGACCUCCACGCCCUCCAAACCCAGCAGCCCUCCUCCGGAGUUCUCCUUUGACACACCGGGGAGAAACGUGCAGCCGGUGGUCCUCCCUGCUCCAGGACACCACACCCACAGACCCUAUGGCGGCCUGGGACUCGCCUACGGUGCAUCUCCCUACACGGGGAUGCUGAAUCAGGGCUUAGGGCAGCCCGGUGGCGGGCUGGGACUGGGUGUGCAGGGUCUGGGGACUGGUUUUGGACUGGGUGUAGGGGUGCCUUCAUCUCAGAGUUACAGAACUCCCUUUGGAGCGUCCACGGCACCGCUCCGGUUUGGAACGAACAACCCUCUGUCUUCACAGUACAGACAGUACCGACCCUGACCGUGCUGAGCCGGGCCAGCACUGUUUCGGUACUUUCACAUACUUGAUUGAUUCCUGGUAGCUCAGGUCAGAUAUCCAGACGCUGAUGAGACUGAUUUCCUGCCCGGGCUGGACGACAACACGGAAACUUUAGAGACCGAAGCUCGUUGUGUGAGUUUGAUCCCGACUUCAGAGGAAACACAGACUGUAUGUGGAAUCAUUUACUGACGGAGGGACCAAGAGUUUGACUGUGGCUGGAUUUGGGAUGUUUGUUGUUGUUGUUGUUUUUUUUUUAAUAUAAUUGGGAUCUUGGGAAACAGCAUCUUCAUGGGACUGACUGUGAAGUUUUUAUUUUCUAACAUAAAAAGCUGUGAGGAAACUUUGUGAUUCGUGGUACAGAUGUUUUAAAUUCAGAGGCAGGGAGGUCAAAGGUCAAAGGUGAUGACACAUUAACAAUAUUGUUGUGUUUUAUUAAAGGUGAUUAUAUGAUAAAGAGGGAAAGAGAAAUAAGUUGACCUUAAAACUGUUGUUCCAGUGUCACAGCAACAAAACCUGGAUUCAGAAAUUCAAAUUCAAAUUCAGCAGUUUGACGGACAGAGACACGGACAGAGACACAGACAGAGACACGGACAGAGAGUCAAACAUGAAUGAACAGAGUCUCUGAAAAAACUCAAUUUAAGAAUGUUUCAUGUUUGAACUGACAAUUAUUCCGAUAAACUGCAGAUUCUUAAAUGAUUGUUCGGUCAUUUCUCAGAAAAUCGUUAAAAAAAAAUUCCCUGAAGUUGACGUCUUGUUUUCUAUGAGUCUAAAAUGUGUCCUGUGGACACAGAGUCCAUCAGCAGCAGCUCUGAGGACGUCGUCUCCCUCUGACCUGUCUCGUCCUGCUCUGCUCUGUCCUCCUCUGAAGGUUUAAACACUCUUUACUCUGCACAGACUGUAACCUCUGCUGGGAGUGAAUCUCUGACUGGGAUGUGGAUGGAUUGAUGAUUGAUUGAUUUUGAUAUAUAUUUGUACCUGAUCGGGGCUGAGUGUGGUCUUACUCCUUCCUCACAGGUUGGUGGUAGAGUGGAGCAACCUGCUGCUUUUCCAUGAACGUGUCAGAGAAACGUUGGCUCAGAUCUGAUGCUGAGUGUAAAACACAGAUCAGACUGAGCCUCAGCCCUAACGAGUCAUGUUCCCUGUAUGUUUAUUUAAAAGGAACGACUGCGACCUGGUUAUUAAAACCUGUCUCCAGCUUC